AUGUCCUGCACUACGUGUUCCUCUUGCGAGGCGUUUGAGAACACAAGCGACAAACCUAAACUAUCCACGGCACGUAACAAGGCGAAUUUGGAGAAAGGGCGGCAGACACUGCAUUCCGCCUAUACCGGCCAGCAGUCGAUCACCGAGAAGGAGGAGAUUCAGCAGUACCGUGACCUGAUCCGUUGGGCCGAGGAGGAUCAUCUGGAGGAUUUGAAAGCGACCCUCCAGCACAUCCUUGACAGUUAG